CGUCCGCGCCAGUCGUUCAUUCCGCAAAAAUGCGCGCCUCCUUUGUCAUCUGCGCGUGCAUCCUGGCCGUCGUGGCCUCCGUGGCCGCCGCGCCGCAAACCUCUGGCCGCAAGUACAAUGACAAGUACGACCACAUCGACGUCGAUUCCAUCCUGAGGAACGACCGGAUCCUCUCUUCGUACAUCAAGUGCAUGCUGGACCAAGGACCGUGCACCGCCGAGGGCAAAAAUCUCAAAGCUGAUUUGCCCGACGCCCUGGAGACUGACUGCACCAAAUGCACGGACAGCCAAGUGAACAUCGUUCGAAAGGCGGCGAGGCACUUGAUGGAAAAUCGUCCGGCUGACUGGAAGAAACUGCAGCAAAAGUACGACCCUGAUGGUGCUUUCGAGCCCCGUUUCUCGCGAUUCCUCAACGCUGACAACACCAAAGCUUAAUUUUAUCUAGCACAGUAAUUUAUUAAUAACUGUUUAAAAUAAAUUAGUUUCAUCUUUGCAUGUAAGUGGCCUGGAAAUCAA